AUGCAAUCGGUGGUCGUCGCCUACUCGGGCGGCGUCGACAGCGCGUUGCUCUCCGUGGCAGCCCAUCGUGCGCUGGGCCAGCGCGCCCUCGCCGUGACCGCGAUAUCGCCGGCCCUGGCCGCUCGAGAUCUGGGCGACGCGGAAAGCGUUGCUCAUCAGUUCGGGCUCAACCACCGCGUCAUACACACCGACGAAUUGCAGCGAGAAGGCUACGUGGCCAACUCCCCCCAGCGGUGCUAUUUCUGCAAGACGGAACUCUACGACCAAUUGGCGGCUUUGGCGUCCGCGGAGAGCUACGCAUGGGUCGCCAACGGGGCAAACACCGACGACCUGGGCGACUACCGUCCCGGAAUGACCGCCGCCGCCGAGCACAACAUCCGCAGUCCCAUGGUGGAAGCGGGGAUGGAUAAAGCGCAGGUGCGCGCCGCCGCGCUCUGGCUGGGCGUCCCGUUGUGGGACAAGCCGGCGCAGCCGUGUCUCUCGUCUCGCAUCCCGUAUGGCACGCCGGUCACCGUGGAGUCGCUGCGGCGCAUCGAGGCGGCCGAGGACAUCCUGCGGGACCUGGGCCUACGCGAGGUGCGGGGCCCGCCAUCACGACAAGCUGUGCCGCAUCGAGGUGGGCGCCGACGAGAUGGAACUGGCAUUUGCCCACCGCGACGAGAUCACGCGGCGGCUGAAAGAGCUGGGGUAUCUCUGGGUGUCCCUGGACCUGAACGGCCUGCGCUCCGGCAGCCUCAACGACGUGCUGCGGAUAGUCGAGACGGCCCGACGGCCGUGAAAACCGCCUACAUCCAGUCCGUCGGCGGCGCCAGCGGCGAUAUGCUCCUCGGCGCGCUGCUGGACGCUGGCCUGCCCCUGGACACCGUGAAAGAGGCCGUUAAUGCCCUCGGCAUCCCUGGCGUCGAAAUCGCGAUGGCCACCGAGAUGCGCUGCGAGGUACGGGGCACGCGCGCCCUGGUGGACGUGUCGGCAGCGCCGCGCUACAGCCCGCGGCAGAUGCUGGACGCCGUGGCAGGGGCAGCCGCAUUGUCCGCCCACACCCGCGAACGCGCCACCGCCGCGCUCAACGCCCUCUUUGCCGCCGAGGCCCGGGUACACGGGGACGAUCCCGACCAGAUCCACCUGCAUGAGCUGGGCACGGCCGACACACUGGUUGACGUGGUGGGCGUCGUGCAUGGGUUGGAACAGUUGGGCGUAGAGCGCGUCUAUGCCGCGCCGUUGGUGUUGGGCGAACCGGGCGGCCCGAGGAGACCUGGCGGCUACAGCAACCCAGCGCCGGCGACGCUGGAGAUCAUUGCCGCGUCCGGAGCGCCGGUCGCGCCGGAGCGGGCUUUUCAUGCCGGCGUGGGGGAGUUGACCACGCCAACGGGCGCGGCCCUGAUAACCACGCUGGCCGAAGAGUUUCGCCAGCCGGCCCUGGCACUGAAUCGCAUCGGCGUGGGCGUCGGCGGCAAGGACCCGGCUGCCUUUCCCAAUGUGUUGCGUCUGUGGCUGGGGCGAAACCGUCGGCGCUGA